GUAUUUGAAAACUUUGCUUUUAGAAAGAAAUCCUAUCAAAAUGUUACCUGUGCAGCUGGGGAACGUGACGACGCUGAGGGCACUGAACCUGAGGCACUGCCCCCUGGAGUUCCCACCUCAGGUCAUUGUGCAGAAGGGCCCGGCCGCCAUCCUGAGAUUCCUGCAGGGCUCUGCAGCCAAGCUCUCCUCCCGCCGAGACCCAGCAGCUUCUCAAGCGAUGCACCUAAGUCAGCUGCCAUAUCCCCUGCUGGCCUUACCCGAAGAAUGUGCACCUGACGGAGGCACCGCUAAUUCUCAGGCACCAAAGGGGACCAGGUUAAAAGAAAUGGAGGGCCCGUUCCCACCUGUUGAGAGACUGGACCUGAGUGAGCUCAGGAAAUCGGCCGAUUCCUGUGAAGACUGGCCAAGUGAGGAGGAGAUCAGGCGCUUCUGGAAGCUGCGGCAGGAGAUCGUGGAGAAGGAGCAGGUGGAGGUUCUGCAAAACCAGCUCCUCGCCAUGGAGCUGCCUCCAAACCUCCGGGCCGUGCUGCGCACCCGGGAGGAAGCGCGCCCCAACCCCAGACACGCCCUCAGAAGGAAGAUACCCUCCUUCAAGGGCGCCCUGCCUGGCCUGGCGUUAGCGCACCCGGCGGGGACAGGGACGGCGAAAGAAGCAGAGCAGCUGGAGGAGAGGCGGGCCUCGGCCUUCAGGGAGCUGCGGGAGAAGCAGGCGCUGAUGGAGCAGCGCCGGAGAGACAGAAGGGCCUUGCUGGAGUGGCGGGAGCAAGCCCAGACGCUGAGGAAGAGGAAGAGGGAACUCGGCAAACUCCGGCCUCCACGACGGACACUGGAGGCCCCCAAGCUCCCCUUUGCCACAGAUCUGAUCGACGAUGAGAAAAUGGCUCCACCGGGGAAAGGCGCACAGCUCAAAGAGAAGUCCCCACACGCCAGUAACGAGCCCAGGCCCUUCCAGGAGCGGGACCUGGAGGGGAGGCUGCAGCAGCACGUCCGGCAGAUGCAGGAGCGGAGGAAAGCGUUUCAGGGGUUGGCACCGUUCAAGGAGAUGAGGAGGGCCACCGAGGACCUGGAGGUGGCCAGAAAGCUGCUGGACGGAGUCAUGAAACUGAGCCACGGGGGCCCGGCGCUCCCUGGGAGCCAUCCGCUGUGCCUGCCGGCAUUACAGCCUCAGAAUACGUUUUCCAACACGAAAUACUAAGCAUCUGAAAAUGACUA